UCUCGACUUGCUCACACGGGAGGGCAGAGUGCUCUAUUAAGUCUGAUCUUUACCUUCUGGUCGCACUGCAGCGUUUUCCUCUAAGAUUGGGAACGUUAAUGGUGAAUUUCUCUCAGUUUAGUUAAGGAAAAUCGUGCAAUAUGCGAUUUUGUUUGGAGACAAACGAGGUCAUGAUCGUUUAGCCGACAAUUUGCCGGAGGAAAAUAUGCUACUUCGUUGUUUUGGUGAAUUGUUGUGAAAAAAUGAUAUCCUAGUUUGUGAGGAUGAAGAGGAACUAUAGUGGUAAAUGAUAAAAAAGAAUAAGACAAGGGAAAUAAGUAUGACUUCAAUAGUAAGGAGGAGAGUUUACAGUUUUGGAUUCGCGUGUAUGCUAGCAGCAUUGGGACAAGUUGCUGUGUAUUUAUUCAUGCUGGCAGUAUGUGUUCGACAAGAGUAUCAAGAUGUCCAAGUUGCCAGUGCGAGUGGCAUAAUGGCAGCCAUGACAGGAGUCUACGCUUUCCUGACAGGACGUUUGAUGUUCCUUCUUUACGAGCGGCGGCACAGCGAAAUCACGUGUCUGGAGUGGGUGUGGUGGCUGUGCAGCAUCAUCGUCAUCGUGUUCAAUCUGCUGCUGUGCGUGUGGUUCGGUCUCCUGUCUGACAUCCUUCCAACCGCUGUGUCUGCUGUGGCGGCUUCUCUGUAUCUGCUGUUCUUCAAGUUCGCCAAAGAUGACAUUAAACAGAUGGGGGAGGACGAGGCGGCAAGGAAUGAUAGACAAGAAUAUAUUGAAUGAAAGACACCAACUAUCAACCAAGAAAUGAAAUGCUUGAACAGACGACCUACAAACAGCGAAGAAAAUUGGAUUCUCUGUCCGUCUGGAUGACUAUAAGAUUCUAGAAAUUAUGAAUAUGAAUAGUAGUAUAAUUGGGAUGUUCCCGUGACAUACCAAUGAUAUUUAUUUUAUAAAUAUUUAUAGAGGCAUUAAAAAGUUUUUCUUUUUUUCUUGUGAGAUGAAUCUUAUGCUUUGUAUUCCUUCCAGUGUGAAAUAGAUACAGGUAAUUUUCAUAUUUGCAACACCCAUGAACAAGACUAAUGAGUUAUAUAUAUCAUGAAUGUCUUAAUGUAGGUCACAUGUCGGUAACUUAAUGUUGCAGUUAUGUUCUGCUUUAUUAAAAUAUUAAUGAACUUU